AUGGUGGACGUCGCACCUUAUCGCAUCUCAUCCGAGGCUUUACUAGCCAUAAAUACUUUCCUUGAUGAACUCUUAUAUUUUCUGGUGGAAUCCGCCAGGUCUCUUGAACUGGUGCGCAUAAAAAUGGCCAUCGGUCAAGUUUUACCCACCAGUUUAGGUAAAAACGCCGUCCAGGAAGCAGAACUGGAAUUAAAAACUUACGUGGAAAGUGGAAGUUACGACCGUACACAAGAAAGAACCAUAGAGAUAAAUCCUUUCCCCUUGCAGAAAGUCUUCGAACAGUUUCGCGUAAAAUGUAAAUUUUUUAGUACGUUGGGCGAACGUGGUAUCGAUGAUCGUGAUCCCGAUUCUAUACCCGACUUGUACGGGUCCGAGGGUAUCCACAUCGCACCAAGUUUGGCCAUAUACUUGACUGCCGUGUUGGAGUAUGUGGGAGAGUAUAUCAUUAUAUCAGUGGCUAAGGCAUCCGAGAGGCACGGCGUGGAAUUGGCAAAAGGAAGAGAGGUAUAUGUCGCGUUGAUUGAGGACGCACAAAUUUCCCCUUUGUUCCGGAGGACGAACCUAAAAUUGGAAUUGGAGGCACAACGCGUGGCGUCGCCGACGUCUCCAAUACCUUCCGCAUAUGCCACUUCUGGUUCUACGAAAUCGUUCCAUUUAGGUGGAACCUUUCCAGUUAAUAAAGACGGAGACAAUCUUCUGCGAUCACCAACCUCUCCGAUGUCGCUCGGUCCAACCAUGCGGGAAUUCUAUAACGGAACUCGUGAAGGAAAUGGUCUGGGCAAGGAUUCCGCUCCGUCUUCCCCAAUCAUAUCAGUCGGUGACGGUAAAAAUUUAGGUGUGCGCUCAACAAAAAGUAUGCAGAGCUUACAAAAUCGAAGAGAAAAGGAAAUGGAUAUUAGGAGUGUGUCUAGUGCGGAAGAAAGUGUAGAAAAAAUGAAGAGCUUUGAACAUUUGAUCUCCGGCAAUCAAACCAUGAAGGUUUCCUUGACCCCCAACCGAUUGAUCACGAUUGAGCCAAAGGGGAAAGAAGAGAGCUUAUACGAAUUCUUGAAGAACACUAGUCCGGAAACUGCUUUAAAUGAUCCUACGGGCAGAAUCAAGAAGAAGGAUUCAAAGGUGGACCUCUUCCAGAGAAGAGGAAGAGCGAUCGAUAAAUUAGAAAAGGUUUCCGAACGUUCGACCCCAAGCAGUCCACGCUAUACACCUCUUAUUCCUUCUGAAAAAUCAUCUCCUUCGUCACUGCAUAGCGCUACCGUCAUCCGAAAAUUGUCGACACGAUCGGGUGGUGGUGGUGAACCGAGCAAAUCUCAUUCCGCACCUCUUCCAUCUUCAAAACCAACAUCGCCUUCUCACCUCAACCCUUCCUUGCGUCACAGCAAGACCGUGGAUCAAAUUCAGUCUGCGUCUCAUCAGCACUUACAUGCAAGCAAGAGUACCGGUCAUCUACAGGAUGAUGGUAAAUCUAUUUCAAAAAAAGUGAGGUCGGCCAGGCCUGAACCAUUGAAUUUGGAUGAUGACGAUGACUUAUUCUAUCCGGAAGGGCAGAGAAGGCCGAAAAGAAAGCAUCAGGCUCAGGAUUUGAUUGAUUUCUUAAACACGACACCGCCCAGUGAGAUGACUGAAUUUCCAAGAUCGGUUAAGGAGGGCACUUCAAUUGAAUCCGGCAAGAAGAAAGAAAAGAAAUUCAAAAAAUUGCUCUUGAAAUUAAUGAAGUCGCCGCCUUCGAAUGAAAAUUCUACUUUGGAUCAUGGAAAUUCAUCCAAUUCGCCUGAUCUUUCAACCACCAAUUCUCGUGGAUCAAACUCAACGAGCGUUACUUCUGCUGGAAAGAUGCCACGUUACGUUAAAAUUCAAAUUCCUCAGAUGCCAACCAAAGAAGAAAACCGGGAGCAAAGUAUUUUUGAUCGAGUCGAGCAGGCGAGACACGCUCGUCACAUGUCCCGAGCAAGUUUAUCGGGAUCUACACGUAGCGUGCAAACACCAAAUCGGACGACAUUUUCGGUGAAUGAGGGGAUACAAAGUCCAACUUCAAAUGCCGGACCCGAGGUCACGAGUUGUGACAAUCGUGUGGGCAUUGAACAUUCUAUGCAAUCUCCAUCCAACAAAUCAAAUAAUGCUCAUUUUCCCCCUGUGACGGAACACACAUCAGUCAUCUCAUCAAAAUCAAAUGACAUUAACAUCACGCGAAACAACUAUAAGACCUCACCUGUUUCCGCAAAAAUUCCCGAUAAGUUCACCUCCCCGGUUUCCGCCAACGUGCCUAGCAGAAUUGUUUCACCGGUUUCCGCGACAGUGCCUGAUGAUAAGAUUGUCUCCCCUCCAGUCUCUACAGUGUUGCCCGAUAAUAUUUCACGGGAAGACAGGUCACAAACGCUGAUGCAAAAAGAACAAAACAAUCAGCAGCAACAACAUAAUGCUUCACCAAUUCCCAUCAAAGAUGAGUUGCAAUCGAACCCCUCUGAAUCGAUAAGGGCCCAAAAUGUCGAUAAGAUACCUCCAAAACAUAAAUCCACCUCCACAAAUCCUAUACCGACACCAUCCAUCACAAAGUCAUCAAUAAGCAAAAAACAAUCCAAGAAGUCCAAGGAAAUUGUCAGGAGACCUGACGGUUUUUUGAGAGACAUAAUCUCUGCGGAACUAAGAUGUAAGGAGGACGACAAAGUGCAACAACAGAUUAUUAUCGAAUACACCGAAGAAGAGGAAAGGGAGGAGGCUCUUGUUGUAGAAUGGUUGCUAGGCACCGGGCUCGCCUUCAAGAGCGCAAUGACUUAUGUGGAUAUUGUGCAAGUUUAUGAAGAGAAUCCCGACAUGCAAAACCAAGAUGAUGGUGAUGUGAUUGUAGCUCGGGAAGAUGAUGCUGAGGUUACCAAGGACCCUAUAUUGCAUAUCGUUGUUUAA